UGCUGCUACCGUUGUGGAGGAACGACGAUGUCGGAGCAGGAGUCUCUGAGGUGCUCCAGUGCCAGGAACCGUGGAGGCGUACAGAGGGUGGAAGGAAAACUGCGAGCCAGUGUAGAAAAGGGGGACUACUAUGAAGCACACCAGAUGUACAGGACUUUAUUUUUUAGGUACAUGUCACAGGCAAAACAUGCUGAGGCCAGGGAGCUGAUGUACAAUGGUGCUCUGCUCUUCUUCAGCUAUAACCAGCAAAACAGUGCAGCAGAUCUGUCCAUGCUGGUGCUGGAGGUUUUGGAGAAAUCUGAGACAAAAGUGGAAGAUGACAUAUUAGAAAGCCUUGCUAAGCUGUUCAGUCAGAUGGACCAGAACUCUCCAGAGAGGGUAGCAUUUGUGUCUAGAGCCUUGAAGUGGUCCACAGGAGGGUCUGGCAAGUUGGGCCACCCAAAACUACACCAGCUGCUGGCCGUCACCUUGUGGAAAGAGCAAAACUACAGUGAGUCUCGCUAUCACUUCCUGCAUUCAUCUGAUGGGGAGGGCUGUGCGCAGAUGCUGGUGGAAUAUUCAGCGUCGCGAGGCUUCCGCAGUGAGGUCGACAUGUUUGUGGCGCAGGCCGUCCUACAGUUCCUCUGCUUAAAGAACAAAAACAGCGCUUCCGUGGUGUUCAGCACGUACACAGAGAAACACCCGUCCAUAGAGAAGGGCCCUCCCUUUGUCCAGCCUCUACUAAACUUUAUCUGGUUUCUGCUGCUGGCAGUGGAUGGGGGUAAAUUAACAGUUUUCACAGUGUUAUGUGAGCAGUAUCAGCCUUCUCUGAAGAGGGAUCCCAUGUAUAAUGAGUAUCUCGACAGAAUAGGACAGCUUUUCUUUGGUGUUCCACCCAAACAGUCUCCAUCAUACGGUGGACUCCUAGGAAAUCUGCUGAACAGCCUGAUGGGUUCGGGUGAGGAUGACGACGGUGCUGAAGAAGCCCAGGAGGACAGCAGCCCAAUAGAACUAGACUGAGCCUGCAGCCUGGGACAAAGUCAACGAACAAACAACCACGAAAAAAAAAAAAGAGGAAGACCAACCCCGCCUCCCUCCUUCACCUCCACAACGGGGUCAAGGCGAGGCGCUGGUCCGUGUUUUCAGAGGCGUGCUGUUUCACAAAACUCCCUCCAUUCUCCCAACCAUCCAGUCCAAAAUCAGAACAAGUCUCACGCCGCCAAAACAUCCCCGUCAGCACUGCCCGGACUGACUGCGCCAAACUGCAAAACUCUUCCCGUGCUGAAUUAUUGUAAGACUAUAUUAUUUUAUUUUAACCAUCAUUUUUUGUUAGUUUGGGACUCUUGCUGUCUGUGUCGGGGUGUUUGCUUUUUAAACAAGAGAUAACGAACUGUCCUCUGCCCGUGACAACCUGCUCCCAGGAGAUGGGCGUGGUUGGAGUCCUCCAACUGGGGGAGACAGCCUCACAAGUGUAACCCCUCUUCAUAAUGUUGUUUACAUCAUUUUAAGAGGGUUUAGUCAGCUCACUACAAUUCUCUACAUGUUUUGUUUUGUUAUGCAGCCACACAGCUCGAUCAGAGCCUUGGUGCUGCUGCAGUUUUUUCAAUGACUUAUUCCGUUACAAGUCUCUUCUUUCGGUAGUAAAUUAAAUUGUACUUUUAGCCAAGGCUACGUUUCAGCAUUGCAUCUCUAGUUUAAUGGACAUAAAAAGACAUCACAGCUCUGUGUACGCUAUUGUCAGAGGUCAUGUUGCACCUUGAAUAUCAACCAAACAAACAAUUUCUUUUGUAGUGUAGAUUGUAGUGUCUUUUUCUUUUGUUCAGAUUACUGCGAACAUACAGCCGUCUGUAUACAAAUAGCUCCAUUGUAGCAGCCAAACUUUUUUUUGUGCACUUGUUCAACUGCUGCUAAGCUCCUUUACAUCUUCAUGCGGAAUUGUCUGUCAGGAAAAAAAAAUCCAGGUUGGAUUUUUGUUAGUUUUAAGAAAUUCUGGCAAUGACUUACUCGAAGCACUUAUGAAAGAAGCAGAAUUAGAUAUUGGGAAACUGUGUUGCAUGCUGUAAAUUGCUAAUAUUGAAAUUUGCUGCUUACCCGACUCCUUUAUUUCCGUCAGACAAUUCCUCUUGGAGACGAUCAAUAAUAAAAAAACGAGCUCAGCCAGUGCACACCAAGAAGCUCAAGUUCAUUCAGUCGCUGCUGUUUAUCAGUGUUAAAUCCAUUGGCCGUCAGAGAACACAGCUUUCUUUUCUUUGCUCACAUCAAUCUGUCCUCAACGUUUUUUGUCCUUGUAGUGACAUUCGAUCAGUCCAGCUCUUGUCAAUCUGCAGUUCCUUUUAAAGCCCCAGCGAUGAUUCAUAUUAUCUUAAAAGCAUUUCAGUUCCCCUGCAGUGUCCAAAUUUUCAUUAAAUACCAGAAAACUAGGAAUAUCCAGUGGUCUUCCAAUCCAGAUUAAUGUUUAUGUACUUUUUUGUAAUUAUCUAGGCUGGGCGAUGGAAGUCCCAAAUGGCCAAUAUUAAUAAAACCAUCACAAAACAAGAAAUAGAAUGAACAGAGUGAAACAAAUAUGAACCAAUACAUUGUAAAAUGAUUCAAAACAGUAGCUUUAACGAAAUUUUGGGAACUUGUAUAUUCAAUAAAGUGAACUCUAAGAAGAAAAACAAGAUUGCUGUUGAUAAUUAGCUGUUAUAAAUAAAUUGAGUAAUGGAACAGGUUUUUGGUUCUUUCACUGUUUCACAUUUGAUUAAUGAUUUCUUAUAUUUCAUGUGUUUAAUGUUGGCCCUUUUGGUGUUCCAUACAGGACUGGCUGACGCAAUGUCACAUGGCUACAGCGGGACAGAUAGCGUAGUGCUGGUUUGUCCGUGUAAAUGCUCUGCUGUGGUAGCAUCUGUCUAAUGUUGGUGUUGACGAUGUAGGAAAGAGACCAGUGAUGUGGCAAAGAGUUAACCGCAGCACUAACUAAAAAUUGGGGGGAAAAAAAAAAGAUAAUCUAAAAGUCUAGUGUAAAAACCUGCAAACACUGUUUAAAUGACUCAACUUAGACAAAAUAUUGUGAAAGGUUUCUCUCUGGUGCCCGGCUCAUCACGCAGGCUUCUCUGUUGCACCACUGAGGUCGACCAUCUGAAGGGAAAUUCAGGCCUAAAUGGCUUUUAGGUUCCUUAGCAACAAAACACAUUUUCUGAAGAGGUCAGUUUGGAGGACGACAUCAGAGGAUGUGUUCUGGUACUCAUGAUUGCGCUUUAUUUUUUUUUUAUUCAGUGUUAAAUGUUACAGUGUCCUUUUAUGUGAAGCUGGAACAGAAACAUGUAAAAGGAGGAAGGAAUGAAACUCGAUUUUUAUUUAUUUUUUUGUUAACCUGAAAGCCGCUUAAGUCAGAAUUGCCCUGUAAUUACCUGGAUAAUGUGUGUGACCAAAGGCCUACUGUGUCAGUGAACAUCAUCACAGCUGUUUGUUUUUGAUGAUUUUUGUCCUUUGAGAACUAAAGCGGAGUGUUUGCCUUUUCAACAGUUCACUAAUUCAGUAAAUAAACUACAACUGAGAAGAGUUUGAGAAUGUCAAA